CUGCCGAUUGUCCUGAAGCCGAAGCCCGCCACGGUCAGACUGGUGGAUAUUAUUGAUCGAAGUGGUGGGUGGUUGACUAGUCUGCCGAUUGUCCUGAAGCCGAAGCCCGCCACGGUCAGACUAGUGGAUGUUGUUGAUCGAAGUGGGUGGUUGACCAGUCUGCCGAUUGUCCUGAAGCCGAAGCCCGCCACGGUCAGACUAUGGAUGGUUGAUCGAAGUGGGUGGUUGACCAGUCUGCCGAUUGUCCUGAAGCCGAAGCCCGCCACGGUCAGACUAGUGGAUGUUGUUGAUCGAAGUGGAUGGUUGAUCGAAGUGGAUGGUUGA